GGUACCCAGCGGGGGUUUGUGCCAGCGAGGUAGGCCGGGUUUAGAAAAGGAGGCAUCCUUUAAAGGGCGAAUUAGGGAGAACGGAGUUCCGGAGAACAAGUUGCAGAAGUUGCAGCAGAAAAUUGAGCCCGUGCGCUAAUUUAGUGGGAGGAGCAAAGACCAGCGCCAUAGCACUUGACCGGUUCUGAUUCGGAAAGCGCCGGACAAAAAGAUGGAACUGUUUUUCCCAACAAUGAGUAUAAUCCUAGGUUGCGUUGCUCUUUUAUUACUGCUCCAGUGGAAGAAUUUCCGUGGACCCCCGUGCAUCGGGGGCUGGAUUCCUUGGAUCGGAGCUGCAUUUGAAUUUGGAAAGGCCCCUCUAGAAUUUAUAGAGAAAGCAAGAAUCAAGUAUGGACCAAUAUUUACGGUGUUUAUUAUGGGAAAACGAAUGACUUUUGUUACUGAAGAAGUGGGAAUUGAUGUGUUUCUAAGAUCCAAAAAAGUAGAUUUUGAACUAGCAGUACAAACUCCCAUCUAUCGUACAGUAUCAGUUCCAGGUAAUAUAUUUUUUGCGCUCCAUGAAAAACUCUAUAUUAUGAUGAAAGGAAAAAUGGGGGCUUUAAACCUCUAUCAUUUCAAUGAACAACUGACUGAAGAGUUACACAGACAACUGGAGAAGUUAGGCAGUCAUGGGACGACGGAUCUGAACAACUUAGUAAGAAGCUGGUCACAGUCCAAAAAGUGGCUCCUAGCACUGCUCGAGGAAAACCUCCCAGAAACAAGACUUUACAAACCCACCAAAGAUAAUCCCAUGAUUGCCUUUUGGACAUUGGCGUUCAUCCUGUCGCAUCCCGAGGUCCACAAGACUAUUAUGGAAGACAUGGUUUCUGUGCUUGGCCCAGCAGGUAAAGAGAAGAUUAAAAUAUCUGAGGACGACUUGAAGAAACUCAUGCUAAUUAAAUGGUGUAUUUUGGAAACCAUUCGUUUACGGGCCCCUGGCGUCAUUACUAGGAUGGUGGUGGAACCAAUUAGAAUUUUGAAUUACACUGUUCCUCCGGGUGACUUGCUGAUGUUGUCUCCCUUCUGGCUCCAUAGAAAUCCAGAGUAUUUUCCUGAACCCGACUCGUUCAAACCUGAACGAUGGAAAAAGGCAAAUUUAGAGAAGCAUGCUUUCUUGGACAACUUCUUGGCAUUUGGCUACGGGAAGUACCAGUGUCCCGGAAGGUGGCUUGCUCUGCUAGAGAUUCAAAUAUGCAUUAUUUUAAUAUUUUAUAAAUAUGACUGCCAUCUUCUGGACCCAUUACCAAAACAGAGUUUUCUCCACUUGGUGGGUGUUCCGCACCCCGAGAGACAGUGCCGGAUUGAGUAUAGACAAAGGAAAUGAUGCUCGCUGGGCCGCGGGAGGGCCAGGGCCUCCACGAGGAGUGAUGCCACCCAUCUGCCACCAUCCGCUAACCUGGCAGCGGCCACAGUCAGCCCUGAGCUCUACUAAAGUGUUCUGCUUAACUCGGCUUUAGGAUUUAGUCAAGAAAAUGCCCUCCUGGCGUAUAGGUUUGGUGUCUCAGGAGUGAACCAAAGACCGUCACCCUCACAGCCAGAGAGCUGACUAUAUAACUUAGGGGGAGAUGGUUAAGUGGCCCCAAACCAAAUACAUGAAAGAAAAGUCAUUUCUUGAGAAGCUAGACUUUGGUUUUCAUGCAUAACUAGCUUAAAACUUUCCAUUAAAAGAGUAGCAUUGAAGAAAACUCUUAGUGCACUUGAUUCACUGUGAAAGCAUGCUUCAAUGUCCACUCUGGGACAGGAACUGUUUCGAUUCUAAAGAAAUACGAAGUCACGAUGUCUGGACCUAUUCUGUUUUUCUAAGAAUCCGAACGGGCACUUGGAAUGCUUUAGUUCUGUGAGUAGAAUCUUGCUUGUGAACAUGUCUGAUGUGCACUGUGUGGAUAAAAGGGUAGCAUUCUAAACCCUCCUGCUGCCGUGAGACACCGGCACUUGGUGUC